UUUUGCUGUUAUCAACAGUUUAUAGCCAUGAUUUUACAAAAUGGGGUUAUGCCAAUAGAUGAUUUCAUUGAUGCGAUGCCCUGAAAAUGGAAGGAUCAUUUGCUGCAUUAACAUAUCAGCAACAUUUAUUUUUUGCUUUCAUUGUUAGCAUCUUUUGGCUCUACAACAUGCAUGUAGUCGAUUUCUGUGAGGCGCUACCCUAGAAAUUGAAGAGAGUCAUGGCUAUGUUACCUUUCUGGAAAAAUGUUACUUCAUUAAUUUUAGUACUUUUUUUUAUUUUUUUUAUACUGUAUCUUUUUCUGAGCUGUUAUGGCUUUAUUUGUAACAUAUCAGGAUUCAAGCUAUUAUCUGCGUUGAAUUUUAUAUCUGCUUCUGUAUCUACAAGUACUACUUGUUGUGUAGCAGCGGUGUAUAACGUCUAUUCUUGAAAAUACAAAGGUGGUCGAAUGAAUAUGCAAUAGGGAGAUGGACCAUCCAGGAGAAAAUGACAAAAGUGGUCCCUUAUGUUUGAGGGAUUUAGAAGUUGCUGGGGGAACAAUGGAACAUACUAUGUACAGGGAGUAUACGGAACGGGAGAACGAAGCAUGUCAUGGGCGCAACAAUAACUGCCUGAUGCUUCAUGGGAAGAGGGUUUCUUCUUUCUUUAAAGUAAUGAUUGCCAAAAGUGACUUACAAGUUCUGUUUUUUCCCCCAAAGUUUGCUGGAUCAGUUUCACACCUGACUGAUCAAGAAACUUAUCUGGAGGACUCAAGUGGACGGCGAUGGAGGGUCACAGUGUGUAACCAUAAUGGUUCACUUGCAAUCCAACAGGGAUGGCCUAAAUUUUCAUCAGAACAUGGUCUGAAUGUGGGCGACUUCUUGGUUUUCCACUAUAUGCAGGGUCAGCACUUUAUUGUUCAAAUAUUUGGAACAAGCGCUUGUGAAAAGAUCAAGCUCUGCAGUGACAUUGACAAAGGGAAAAAAAGAGCAAGGAGUUAUCCAGAAACAACUUCCCCGGUUAAGCGGCUUCAAACAACUGAUAUAAAUUCAGCCAAGAAAAAGAGAGAAACAUCUGCUGCAUCAGCUAUGUCGGUGGAUGAAUCAUUCUAUAUGAUCAAUAGAGAUGCUCAAUGUGAUCAAGGAGACGACAGGUUGUACUUGCACCUGUCAAGUUUUGAAAAGCCAGCAAACGAACCUUUUGCAGAAGGAACUAGCAGUCAUUUAAAAGGUGAAAUUGGAAAUGCUAAUAAGGUUGAAACCAAUUUAAGAUCACAAACACAACCAAAUUCGGAUGUUGAGAUCAAUAAAUUAAAUUCAGAAGCAGCGUUGCCAAUGUUUGAGGCUGGAAUCACGGGAACUCAUAUGGUUAGUAGCCCAGCAGAGGAUAUUUCACUGUUGGGUCCAAACAAUGAGAAAUCUAAACUAGCAUCUCAGUUUGCUAGGAAAGUAAGAGUAGUCAAGAAAGAAUUUGAGGAGACAGCAGCAGAGGCAUUUUGUCCUGUUAGACUGAUAAGUGGAGAAAAGGGAGCAAAUGGCAACAAAAAAGUCAUCAAAAGUGAGCCUGCUGAUUCAGAAGACACACUUCAUGCAGUCAGCUAUGCAUGUCAGCUGGAGGUCGAGGGUCGGGAUUUUCAGAUAUUACCAGUAUCCUGGCGAAAACCUUUGAUGCUAACGAGAAAUCGUGGAUGGUGGGUUAUUUAUCUCCGAGGACCGGAUAAAAGAAUCUGGCCUACCGUUUAUCAUCGCAGACCAGGUUUUAAUGUUCUGACAAGUGGAUGGAAGCUAGUCACUGCUUUAUAUGGCCUGAAUCCUGGAGAUGAAUGUCUUUUUGAACUUGUAAGUCAGCAGAAAUGUAUAUUUGAUGUACGCAAACUCUGAAAGUCCAGAAGUAAGAUGCCAAAAGAAUUACUUGGAGCCGAUUACCUUGAGCUGAUACAAGAGGAAUGAAAAAGGAGCUAUGCCCAGAUUCUCAUUAAUGAUUUUUGUACAGCAUUAAACUGUUGCUUGGCUGGGUCUUAUAUUUUGUACAAUCAUUUUGAAGCUGCACUUUAUGCGCGACCGUUAUGCUACAACGCUUCACAAAUUAUCAUUUCGACUGCUGCAAUACUUUGAGACAAGGGCUUGGCCAUGCAAUUUGGAUUUCAAA